AUGGCUCGUGGACCAAAGCGGCAUUUAAAGCGCCUUGCAGCACCGAAGCAUUGGAUGUUAGAUAAGCUUGGAGGUGUUUUUGCUCCCAGACCAAGGUGUGGACCACAUAAAUUGCGUGAAUCGCUCCCGUUGAUAUUGUUUUUGCGUAAUCGACUAAAGUAUGCACUGACAUAUAAUGAAGCGCGCAUGAUUUGCAAACAGCGUUUAAUCAAAGUCGAUGGAAAGGUGCGAACAGAUAUGCGCUUUCCUGCAGGAUUUAUGGAUGUAAUCAGGAUCGAGAAGACAAACGAGACUUUUCGCUUGUUGUAUGACGCAAAAGGACGAUAUGCUACCCAUCGUAUCACAGAACAGGAAGGAAAUAUUAAACUGUGCAAAAUAGUGAAAAAAAGCGUUGGGCCAAAAGGCGUACCUUUUAUUGUUACCCACGAUGCUCGAACCAUUCGUUAUCCAGAUCCUCAUGUUAAGGUAAAUGACACAAUAGUGGUGGAUAUUGCAACCGGUAAAAUGAGUGACUACGUUAAAUUCGACCAAGGUAAUUUGUGCAUGGUAACAGGUGGACGUAACAUGGGUCGUGUAGGCAUUGUUGGACAUCGUGAGAAGCAUCCGGGCUCAUUUGAUAUUGUGCACAUUAAAGAUGCUGCUGAUCAUUCGUUUGCCACUCGGUUAAAUAACGUGUUUAUUAUUGGAAAAGGAACUAAAUCUAUAGUAAGCUUACCAGGGCCGACGAAAGGUGUCCGUUUGACUAUUGCCGAAGAACGGGAUCGUCGGCUUGCACAGAAAAGAGCUGCUUAG